UCAUGUGGGAACGAAACAUGUGAUUUUUGAAGAGGUUAAAACUUCGAUUUCUGUUCUUUCCGUUUCCGGCUUUAGUUCCCUUAUGUUGUGUGAUGUUGAUUUGUGUUAACAUGUUUUUAGAAAUUUUCUCUAUUUUUCUUAUAUUAGUAAGAGCUGCAUUUUCUGCUACUGCUGUUUGUACAUUUCAAACACCUUGCCAGUGUGUAUUCGGUGCAGGACAAGUGAUAGACUUAUCAACAGUUGGAACUCCCGAUCAUCCGCGAUUUUACGAAAUUCUUCCUGAAAAUUCAACUGAUUCGGCAUUAUAUUCAUAUAAUCCUUGUUAUGCAUUUGAUUCCUCUGAUAAUUAUGCAACUGUGAAAGAAGGAAAUGUUCCUUGUAAAAAUGCAGCUGCUUGUGUUAGAACUCCUGGAAAGGUUACUGGUGAUCCUCCUGAAGAGCAUGCAGUAGGCAUACAAAGUACCGCUAUAUUUCAGUCUGACACAGACAAGAGCUUUCAUAUAUUUUAUGAUUUACAGAAAAAGGGUCUCCAAAACCUGACAGUUAUUUUGAAAUGUGAUAAUUCUACUCUUCAUAAAUUAGAUAUUAAUCAACUUGAAACACCUGACAAUGGCAGUGUUAUCAUGACUUUACAUACUAAGUGUGCUUGUCCUCCCUUUUCAUGUGCAUCACCAACUCCUGAUAAAUCUUCUCAUGGACUGUCUACUGGUAGUAAAUUACUCAUUGCAUUUUUUACAAUACUUUUAGCCUAUUUCCUUAUUGGUAUAGUGUGGAAUUUUUGCAAUGGCGCUCAUGGAAUGGAGCUUAUACCAAAUGUGGAUUUUUGGAAUGAAUUGCCAAAAUUAAUUAUAGAAGGUGUACUUUUUACAUGUUCCUGUUUUGGAAGAAAGAGAUCCUAUGGAGAAGUGUAGUAAAUACUUAAUUAUUGAGGAAGAAUUAAGGUGUUAUUCACCGCACUGCAGAGAAGGAUAUAUGGGUCUUAGAGUCGUAUCCGUCGCAGAAAAUGCUGCAUGAAAAAGUUUUCAAAGCGAUAAAGAGAAGCCUUCUUCUUAAUGCUUACAACCAUUAUUAAAAUGCAUGCAUUUAAAAUACAAAUUGUAUGGGAUCUACAAGCGUAAUAGACUUGUAGAUCAACUAGAUUGUUUGCGAUUACCUAAAUAUGAAUAAAAUUAAUGUAGAUAAAAUA